AUGGAAAUGCGCAACAUGCUUCGUCGAUACCGGCACAGCACAGCACAACACAUGGUCCCAGAGAUCGUUCCCAGCGUUCUUCCCGAAAUGACUUGCUCUCGCGUCGGAGAGUGCGAUUGCCUGAGCUACAGUUACGGCGAUGAGGAUAAGGUCCAUGACCUGUUAUAUGAUCAUCUCAAGAUUGCUCAAGAGAACGAUGCAAUCAUCAGCAACUAUACUAGGCCUCCCAGCACGUCCACGUUCGCGUCGAUCUUUGUCAAUCCGCAAGUGGACAAGAUUUGGUUUAGUCUCCUUGUAUAG